UGCUCUCUUCGCUGACCGGCAUCGAAUCCUUCAGCUUACACACUCCAAAUCUAACCAACAUGGACUAAAGCUUGACGUUUGUCGAGGACAUAGUCGAAGGAUUCCCCCAGGCAAGACUGCAGAUAUAACUGCAGCACCAUGGCCGCCUGUGUGACCGGAGUAUCAGUUCGACAGAAGAACGCAUUGUUACACAUACAUCAUGAAGACCAGCAAAGAUACCCCUCGGACAUCAUCUACCCCUUCCGGCCGUACACGCCAACAGCCCGGCCUAGCCUGUGACGAGUGCCGUGCUCGCAAGCUUCGCUGUGACAGGCAACGCCCGACUUGUACCUUGUGCGAAAGCAUCGGAGUCGAAUGCGUCAGAGCCAGCACAAGUCUACCCCGCGGUCCCAAAAAGGGCCAUAUGCGCAUACUACAAUCGAAGAUCAAUGACUUGGAACGCCGCCUCAGCGAAACAGAAAUAGUUUGCACUCAACCUGCCCUAUCUGCAUCCGACCCAUCCAUCGAACACACAAUGGCAGAUGUCUGCGAGGCUCCUCUGGAACCCAUCACAACAACACAAUGUUUUAUUUCUGAUACUCGAGAACAAGGUCUGAUGGCUUUGGACCAACAUCUGCCACCGGAACUCGAUGUUGGCAUCGACCACUUUAUGCUGCAAACACCAUCAGACGUGCCAGAGCCAGCCUAUGGAAUGCUGACAGCUUCGACAAUCAAUACGUGCGACUCGGGUAUUGAUCUGAGCUGUGCCCCGUCUCAGCCAUUCGAUACCUCGACCUUCAUGACGACACACAUGCAGGCUGAUUUAGAUCAGAUGUACUUUGAUCGUGUCCAUGUGUUCAUGCCUAUGCUCCACCACAAACGAUACAUUGUACGAUCGAGGUCGCACACAUUAAUCGACCAACCAUUCGACUGUCUUCGCAAAGCCGUCUGGAUGAUGGCAGCUUCGGUCUGCCAACCACAGAACAUCCAGGACAUGCUCUACAUACAAGCCAAAACAACGCUAGAAGUUUUGGAAUUGAACUCGUACGAAGAUCUCGAGCACCUCGAAGAAGCCCAAGCCUGGAUCCUCGUCGCCAUGUAUGAGAUGAAGCGUGUCAGUUUUCGCAAAGGAUGGAUUAGUGCUGGUCGCGCCAUCCGAUUAGUGCUUCUUAUGAAACUUCACGAACUCGAUAUGCCACGCGGCCCGUUCGAACAAGAAAUCUUUGCCGACGCGCAACAAAACGAAAAUACAUGGAUUGUGACCGAAGAAAGAAGACGAACCGUGACCGAAGAAAGAAGACGAACUUUCUGGAUGGUCUACUGCUUAGAUCGAUUGAUCAAUCUGCUGAAUCAAGUGCCUUUCACGAUAAGUGAACAAUCUAUCUUGACAAGGCUUCCUGCAUCGGAAGAAGACUUUCAAUCAGGUCGUCCAGCUGAUACAGCCUUCCUUCUUGAGAUUCUACGAGGCACCGACAAGCAAAAACUGUCGGCUUUCAAUAAUCUACUCAUCCAGGUAACCCUCUGGGGUAGAGGGCUUUUGCACCAACACCGACGACUAGUCGAUGACUUCUACGGCAAUGAGAGCACAGAACCCGACUUUUAUCACCGUCUCCAAUGGCUCGACGGUAUCAUUGCUCAAAGUGAACACAUCAUGACUGCCCACGAUGCACAUGAUAGUGAUGGCCUGGACUCUAUGCUACUCUUCACGAACAUGGUAGCGCGAUCCAUGUUGAUCUCGCUUUGCAGAAAGACCGGCAACAAUCACCGUAGAGACACCUUUACCAACAUUGGCAGCAGCAAUGUGGUGAAGGGCUACGAGACUGGUACUUGGAAAGCCAUCACUGAGAUGCUAAAGUUCUCUGACGGCCUUCACCACUACGGUCAAUCCAAUAUACAUCCCUUUGCCGCAAUUCCUCUGUACUUUUGCGCAGACCUAUUACGAACAGCAAGUAGCGACGACGCUCUACAAUCAAUGCAGCAUCAACAAGUCAUGCUUUCCUUGCAAGAGCUGGCUUUGUCCAAUGUGGUUGCACAAAGUUGUGUGAAAAGGCUAGACACAAGUAGGUCAUGGGCGGAUCUCACAAAAUAGACGCUAUAGAGGAGCAGUCCACUUGCUAUGGUUUUCGUACAUGAGAAACCAAGGUUGCGGGUACAAUAAAUCUGGUUCCAGGCUAUAAUGAUUUAUAAUCGCUUCCAAGCAGUAUCACUCGUCAAGAAGCUGUCUUUAUACUUGUCCCGCAUCCUGAUGGCUCUCGGCAACACGGAUUGUAUGGAACCUUGCGUGUCAUCAACUAUCUGGUAGACGCAACUCCGCUGAGUAACAAUAGAUAAUCAAUGGUGAUAGCAUGACACUCCAAUCUGAAGCUACUUGACUUUCCGAA